AUGGGAGACCCUUUAGGCUCUACAGAUGCUUUACUGAUGGAUAACAUGUUUACUUCAAAAUACCCUUUCACCGAGCCUUCUACAAAUACUUCACUUUGGCGCUCUCCGCAUGCUGCUACUUCUAAAAGAGCAGAAAUAAAUGGCUUCUUAAAUAUUGCUGCAACCCUUGAUCAUCCGAUUAAGCCGUCGCUGAUCGAUGUUGACGAAUUCUUUUACGAUAAGAUUGACAGUCUCGUUCAGAGUGGCAUGCUUUGCAUUCGUGAGAUGAAGGAACAAGGCAGUCAAAUCGCGGUUCGGGUCUUUUGCAUAAUGGAAGCUGCUGGACAACGCAGCAACAGUGUUACGGUACACUCCUUUAAACCUGUCGAAAAUGGUAAUAAUUCCCAUUUGAUAGCAGUAAAUGAUGGAGGUCCAGCAGCAACAAACAUUCCUGGAUAUAACAACAUGAGAAGUCAGUAA